CGACCGCGUCUUUUCGCGCGCUGCGGCGCCUCUCUUUGACCGAUACGCAAUUCGCAAUUGUCAGUGUCGCGCCAACCGUUGCGCCGAGUGAACGUUCUUGGAUGUUAUUCUCUCGCGUCGUUUCUCGAGAGCGAUUUAGCAAGUUGAAAUUUUCUUCGCGGAUAUUAAAUAAAACGAAAUUUCGUCUCGAGAGUGACAACAAUUAAAUUUUGUUCUGAGCGCGGACAAGUGAAGAAUUUGUUUUUAGUUAAACGAUAAGAUAAGAGGAAGGAAAGAAGAUAUCUAGCACACGUAUAAUCUUACAUGUGGACAAGUGUGUUACAUUUUCCUCAUAAGAGAGAAAUUACGAGCGUGCCAAACGAACUGACAUAUGCCGAAUUUGCCGCGAUUAGAUAAAGCGCAUGACGAAAAGCAUGUGAAAAGUGCAGAUGCACCGGCGCAACGACAAUCGAUGCAGAAGCGCGGCCUCGCCCGCGGAUCUUUAAAUGUCGUCUGCUCUCUAUCAGAGCACAAACAAGCUGUUUUCGCGCUCACGGCGACGAGAAUCAAGGAAGACUCUGGGAUAACACAAACAAGCGGAUACGUAAUAAUCGUGCGCGCGAGUGCGAUGCGGUGAUUUCGAUUCGUAUACAAGAGAGCGCCGUCGAUCCACGACACACGUUGAUUGUUGCGGCUGCGCGUUUGAAGGAGGUGUGAAAGGGCGCCUUGUUGAAAUUUCUUCCCCGUAACGAUAAGGAUGAAAAGGUCACGAUGCUGAGACCCGGAUCCGUGCUGGGCCUGUUGGUCCUCGUGACCAUAAUGAGAAUCGCGGACGCGAACCGCUGUCUGACGAUGCUGGAAGAAGUCAAGCCGAAGAGAGUGAUUCAUCAUGAAGGUCAGUUUCUGAACAUCCAGUUUGAAGUGUCGAGAAGAGUUACGCAAAGAUUGACUUCAAGGAUCAUGAAGAUUUUCUUGACCGAAGUACUGGGCUAUGCUAAGGUCGAAGUUGUUGAGAAAGAUGACAAAUUCAACAUGUCCGAGGUCUUCGGCAGAUUAUCCGAAAUGCCGACGCAUGACACCAAAUACAGAGUAUUUCCAGAAACGAUGGUAAACAUGGAAGUGUGGAUUCCGCCGCAACAGGACACGCAGCCGUUGCUCAACAAGUACGACGUGAAGGAAUGCGGUCUGAUCGCGCCACCAGGGCACUUCGGUUGGUUCGUGCCGGAGAUGUUAGCUCGUCCUGACGAUACUUGGUUGGUUUUCACCAGACCGGAAACCGCAAGCAAGUUUGCCAUUGAUCAGAACUACCUGCCGUUCGUCAUGAAUUUUACGGUGAAUCGCAACACCCAGGAAUAUUAUUGCCAUGAGAAAUUCUGCCAGCACGGAAUGUACGUGCCGGAACAGUGUCAGGACACGGAGCAGCAGCAAGCGCCUAAUUGCGCGCUGUUGCUGGCCGAGUAUCCUGACGUGACUCGUUUCGUGAAAGAAGACAUCGAUGAGAUGAAGUUAUACGUCAAAGUGGCGUGGGUGGGUCCGAAUCUCAGAUACUUGACCAAAUACUUGACCAGGGUAUACAUGCAACUUGCGCGGAACUUGUCAGUUUCCAUCGAAAACAGAUCGCUGGUGAUUCUCCAUUACUUACCCAGCACCGUGAUUCCGAAUGAGAGAGAGUUCAUGACGAUCGACUUUCCACAUUGCGGUACAAGAAAAGAUUCGAUCAGCUGCGCGUACGAACCGAACAGACUGACGAAGCUGGUGUGGGGCAGAUUGGAGACGAUCGCGACUAUGGCUUUUCAAGCGAUCAAUCGUGCAAAGUUUGAGCGAAAUAUGUAUGAAGACCUGAUCACGCGACGUAUACAGGCAACGAGCAACAUAUCGGAUGAGCAGGUAGCCUGCGAUUGGCUGAAGGACAAUCUAAACUACACUCUGUCUGAGUGGAAACCCAACAACGACUACAAGAACACUCUCUUCGUGGGCGGAAUCUUUCCCAUGAGUGGUAACUCUUACAUGGCCAAGUCGAUUGUAAUCGCGGCCAAAAUGGCGAAGCAGGCCAUCAACGACAACAACACUUUGUUAAGGGAUUACAAUUUUACUCUGCUGGCUAGUGACGGCCAGUGUAAGUCGGAUAUGGUAAUGAAGUCUUUCAUUGAUUAUAUCAUGCACAAUUAUUAUCACAAGCUGGUCGGCGUGCUGGGACCGGCUUGUUCCGAAACUGUGGAGCCAUUGGUCGGAGUAUCGAAGCAUUACAGAACGGUGAUCAUCAGUUAUAGUGCUGAAGGAUCCAGUUUUGAUGAUCGCAACAAAUACCCGUACUUCUUCAGGACUAUCGGGGAAAACAAACAAUACAGACACGUCUAUCUGCAACUUUUGAAGACAUUGCGUUGGAAUCGAGUAGCUUCCUUGACGGAAGACGGACAGAAGUAUACCGAAUAUAUAUCGUACAUGCAGGACAUGCUCAGAGACAAUGGCAUAGAAUUUGUGGCGAACGUCAAGUUCCCAAGGGAGCGAGAAGCCGACGUGAUGAAGAAGUAUUUACAAGAUUUGAAAGAGAAACGAGCAAGAAUUAUUAUUGCGGACGUAUACGGUGAGGUAGCUCGUCAGGUCAUGUGCGUGGCGUAUGAACUGAAGAUGACAGCUGUCCAGGGCUACGUUUGGUUUCUUCCACUUUGGCUGAAGCAUCAAUGGUACGAUACCGAUCAUUAUAACAACAUUGAGAACGAACAGGUGCCGUGCACCACGAAGGAGAUGAUGCAGGCGAUAAACGGUCAUCUCGGUCUGUCGCACGCGUACUUCGCCCGGGACGACGAUAUAAUGCAGGAAGGAAUUACGGUGCGCGAAUGGCGCGAACGUUACGAGAACACCUGCGAAACGCAAAAUCUACAACCGUCGAAUUACGCCGGUUACGCCUACGACGCCAUGUGGACUUACGCUUACGCUGUGGACCGACUCAUUCGUGAGAACCAGAGUUACAUCUUCGAUCUUCACAGCGAACACACUGUCAAUCGUCUCACUCACAUAAUCGGAGAGACCAACUUUUAUGGGGUAUCCGGAAGAAUAAAUUUCUUAGGUGGAUCAUCAAGGUAUUCGAUCAUCAAUAUUGUGCAAUUCAUCGAUAACGAAACGCACAUUGUUGGCAACUUUUAUCCGAACAUCUCGGAAGUCAAACACGAGGUAAUCGGUGGCAAUAUGAUCUUAAACACUUCGGCUAUCGUUUGGCUGUCGGGAACAAUGCCCGAUGACGGAUCGGAACCUCCAACGAGAUGCGCUUUGGCGGGAUUGGCGGAACUGCUGGACGUCUCUUGCGAAGUAGCGCUCGUGAUCACUAACAUUAUCGGCAUUGGUCUCCUUUUGAUCUUCGUAAUCGUUGCUUUUAUCAUGAUCAAGAGAAAAUACGAAAAACAAGUAAAACGUCAGGAAAAGUACAUGAAGUCCUUGGGCAUCGAUUUAUCGCAAACAGACACCUCAAGUUUGGAUGUGUGGGAAAUUCCCCGAGAUAGAGUAGUGAUCAAUCGAAAACUCGGAGAAGGCGCCUUCGGCACCGUUUACGGCGGUGAGGCCUUUUUCCCUGAAAAAGGAUGGCUGGCUGUUGCCGUGAAAGCUCUGAAGGUCGGCAGCUCGACCGACGAGAAACUCGAUUUUCUAAGCGAGGUCGAGGUAAUGAAAAGAUUCGACCACAAGAAUAUUAUUCAACUGUUGGGUGUGUGCAUAAAAUGCGAACCCGUUUUGACCGUGAUGGAGUUUAUGCUCUACGGCGACUUGAAGACAUAUUUACUGGCCAGAAGACACCUCGUCAACGACCGCAGCUAUGAAGAUUCCGACGAGAUCUCGAAUAAGAAAUUAACCGCUAUGGCGUUGGAUGUCGCCAGAGCGCUCAGCUAUUUAGCACAGUUGAAAUAUGUUCACAGAGACGUCGCUUCUCGCAAUUGUCUGAUAAACGCUCAGCGAGUGGUGAAGCUCGGUGAUUUCGGCAUGACAAGAGCGAUGUACGAGAACGACUAUUACAAAUUUAAUCGAAAGGGUAUGCUUCCGGUAAGAUGGAUGUCGCCGGAAUCGCUGGCAUUAGGUAUUUUUACGCCAGCGUCUGAUGUCUGGUCUUAUGGCGUGCUGCUCUACGAAAUCGUCACAUUCGGCAGCUUCCCCUUCCAAGGGAUGAGCAACAACGAGGUGCUCUCGCACGUGAAAGCUGGCAACUGUCUCACUGUACCGAAGAAAAUAAAACCUCAGCUCGAGAGUUUAAUGAAUUCCUGUUGGAAUGUGGACCAUUCGAAGAGGCCGACGGCACCGGAGAUCGUUGACUUUCUAGCAACAAAUCCUCGCAUCAUCGCACCGUGUUUGGACGUGCCACUAUCUAGCGUGCAGCUAGAACAUACCGCGCAGUUGGACGUACAGCUGUCGGAACAGAACAAUCGUAAGUUCUCUAUUUCGUGGCCGUCGCGAAACGGAGAACUCCCAUCUUUGCAGAAUGAAUCGAAAUCCUUGAACUCACCGCUUUUGCUGGAUCUGAAUGGCCAGGACGACGAUCAGAAUUUGAAUUCUCUGCUGAUCAAUCAGUCCAGCGAGCAGGACAGUACAAGUCCUCUGUUGAAUUCCGCAAGACCAAACACAACUCUGAAACACGCAUGGCUCAAGGACUUUAAUAACGUUCAAGAUAAAGAACAUGCUCACAGGUACGUGAAUAUUCAGCCGGGUAUGUUGAAGUUGACCUCUGCCGAGCCCGGUAUGAACGGCAGCGUCAGCAACAUUCAGAUGGAAGAAAGAACGUCUAUGCUGCUCGAGAAGAAAACUCCAGAUAACGUAUCUAUGCUUUGACAAGAGUAGACACAAUUUCGCAAAGAGAUCGGAAACUAGUCAGGCAACCGAGAUAUUCGGAGACAUGACUGUGCAAAAUCAACAAAAAUUCGCAGAUAAUAAACAAUCGCCAACAAAGCGAGGAGAUUGAUAUAAAAAAGUUGACAAUUUCAAGGAUAUAUACCAAAGCAUUUGUCAAUAAGCCUCGAGAGAAUUUGAUACAGCAUUUUCAACCACAGUCAAGUAUUCUCUGAAGUUUUCAACUGUUGAGAAACGGUUUUGAGAAAGUUUCCACAAUGAAACUUAUGACUCCUAUAAUUGAAUUCCUAAUACGGGUGUUUUCGAACGUCCCGAAAUGUCCGCAGCGAAACCGGUAGCUCUGUCUCAAAUGAAUUAAAAUAGUUUUAGAUGAUGAAGACUAUAUAUAAAAAUGUGCGCGAACUCGGAUCGUACAAGCACACAUUAAUAUCGAAAUGAUAUAAUUCUAUAUAUUUUAAUAUUUUCAAUCCUGAAUCGUUUUAUUUUGAUACUCUAAAAGUAAAUCAUCAGAUCUGACGCAUAUUAUUUAAUUUUAAAAUAUUAAAACAAUUGUGUAAAAAUUCUGGAAUCUUUUUUCAAGUGUUUGUUAAUAUCUUUUGUUGUUCGAGAAAACAGUUUUAUAUAAUUUACUUUUAAUGAUUUUAGAAGUUUCGAAAAGUGUUGGAUAAAAAAGACCAAAAGAUUCAGAAUUAGAUAUAUCUCGUAUUCCACAUAUAUUACAAUAUAUAUACGUGUAGAAUUAUAUUAUUCAGAAUAUUUUGGAACGUAAUAGCAGAGACAACCCGCUACCACACAAUAGUGGAACUUACGGAUCUACUUUUGAGACUGACUUCCAUUGCGGAAUUACGUCGCAUUAUUUGACACUUUAGGCACGGAUGACCGACAAUUAUCGCAGACAGAUAACAUCAAAACAAUAUAGCGAGAGAAGAUAUUGCUUCUCGUGCAUGCGAAUUUAGCAGCAGAAGAGACGUCGGUGCAUCCUUCAUUCAGCAGUUGCCUUCUGCUCAAAAUGCAUCUUUUAAGACUGACUCUCGAGAUGAACGCGUAUCGUCUUUAAUCCUGUUUUCUUUUUGUCUUCUUUUUACGUCGACCUACAAUUUUCACGUUCGGGAAGGAACUGGCGUAUUCAAAGAGAUAAAUCCUGCUGUUACAAAUCGUUUCUUUGCAAGUGGCGACAUUCGCGUAACCAUGACAUUUUCUCUCGUUACACGUAAAAAAAAAUUAGUAAAACAACUUUUCUCGGACAAUCUUCUUGAUUCUUCUUUGCAAAUGCGAUCAGCACACAUGUCGAUUUAUAUGUCGCCACAUUUUCAUGCAUAGUUUAAUUUAUACUACGAGACUAAUCAACCCAAGCUGGUUCUGCAUACUCGAUCACAAAGGUGCGAUUAUUUAUUGAUAAGACAAGUGGAUUUUUUGCAAAGAAUUUUUUUUACGAAAUAUACGUUUCUCGUUGAGGGUCCACGAUCCACUUAUAAUAGCAUUCUUGUACAAAGUAGCUGUCUUCAGGUGACAGAUAAGCACACAUACAUCACAUUUUCUAAAAAAUAAGCUCGCCGUAAAAACGUUUUGUUACCCUUUCCAGCAUCAGUUAACAGUUCCUUGAGAACCGCCGCUUAUAUACAUUAUGUUCCUGCAUUCUCGAUGUAGAUAAGUGCCGAAAUAUAUAAAUAUACGUACAACACAUAUAAAUAUAUACGAGUCUCUUAUCUCUAAUACUGGAGAAAAAUUUGUUAAAAUCCACUCUUUUGAGAUGAGAGACUGAGUACGCAAGUAGAGAGUGCCAUUAGUUACAUAAUAAUAAUUAGCAAGUGCGAAAAAAGUCGUGCAAAUAGUUUAUAUACACUUGAAUAGAAUUUAUAAUGUAAAUGAUACAUAUAUAUGUAGGAUAUACUAUACAGAGCUGGAAAGGGUCAGCAUCCGCUGUUCGAUACGACUGAAUAGCUGUACAACUAAAAAAGCGUUUAAUCACAACGUUCGUAGAGCUUUGAAGACUCCGAUAUAAAGUAUUUUUUAAUUUUCGAUUCCACUUCGUAAGGUUUUUUUUCACACGCGGUUGAAAACACACGACUUGAAUUAUACUACACGUAGUGCAAUCACUGUGUGCAAUCGCUGUAUGUCUUUAUACAUCAAAGCAAUGUGUAUAAUAUUCACGAGCAUCUCUCUCUUUCACUAUCAAAGAAUUUUUAUAAAAAGACUUGUCUCAAUUAUA